AUGAUGGCCACCUCUGUUCAAUCGCCGAACUCGGUUCUCGAGAAAUUCACGAUUUCUCGAGAAAACUCAUCGAUUGGCUUUGAAAUCGGCAAUAAUGUCGUUCUUCAUAUGCAAGCUCACGAUGAAGAUAACGGGAGGGACCACGAUUCGUCAAAUGUCCAUACUAAAGUCAUCAUGGACUAUCGUGGAGAUCUGAGCACAUUAGAUGGACGUAUUCUUACAACUCAUAAUGAGGUCAUUGGUUUUCGUCUGUUUAAUGGUACUGCUCCAGAAUCCGUGAAUAUUAUCAACAUCUUAACAAAAGAACGUCAUCGAUUUAAAGAGCUUGGCGAGCGGAAACCGGUCGACAUUAUGUUCGCACAACAUUACCAGUAUUUUGCGGUUAUCGAUGAGCAAUCAUGUCUUUUCAUCUACCGUGUCUACAAUAAUUGCGAAGUGCGCAAAUAUGUUUCAAUCCUCAAUUGGCCAUCUCGAUCGACUCGCGACUCGGGAGAUCGCUUGAAACUCGCCUGGUGCCCAUUCGUGCCAGCUGAUGAUGAGACCCCCGAUGAUUGCAAUUUGAUUGCCGUAUAUUCAGCAAGACAUCUUCAUCUUCUGAAUCUCAGCCUUCUUAUCGACGCCAACAAAGGAGAAGAUGUUGACUUUGAAGAUGCUAAAAAUGUCGAAGGCGCCGUUUUGUCGCUAACACUUGAAGAGGAGAGCGAUGAACAGGAAGUGACCAUCACAAACAUUUGCAUUUCGCCUGAUUCAACAGCGUGCGCCGUUUCAAAAUCGACGGGAAGUGUUUCAUUCUACGUCAUCAACGAAGAAGAAGGUGUGCUGAAAUACUCUCACACAUGGGAGCCAAAAUCGUUCGGCAGAAGCUAUCCAAUCUCGGAUUUAAUAUUUCUUGAUGAUUUGACGCCGGAACGAAAAGAUGUUCCUUUCUGGCGCUAUUGCAUUGCGCUGACGAAUGGCGGUCUCAAAAUGGCAUUGUACGAAUGCCAAACUUGGAAAUGCCUCGGAAGAAUUCGGUUUGAAUCCCCCUACGCUGUUAAUGAUUUCAUUCCCGUUCUUGAUCCAUCCGCUUGCUUUGUUCACCUUCUUGAUGUUGAUGGAAUGAAUUUGUUCUCGGUGGAGAUCACAAUGCCGUUCGACACCGAAGAGCUUCCACGAUUCGUUGGUGUCACGCAGACUUCAUUUAGCAAUCCAAUCUAUGCACUAUGAGAUAUUGUAAAAGGACAAAAGAAGCGCAUGAAGACAAAGAGAUAUUUUGUCGCCAUGGGGAAGAAGAAUAUGGUCGAAUUGCAGCUGACCCUCAAACAACAUGUUAAUUCGCGUGUUGGAACAGUGCGCACUUCGUCGACGCCAGAAGGUCAAAAUGUUGGAGCAAAACUUGAUGUUGGACAGACGAUGAGCUUAGGCAGCUCGCAAGAAUCCGUUGUCACCAAGAAGCUCGAUGAGGUUCUCGAUCGUCUCAACAAAAUUGAGUGUGAUAAGCGAAUUGCCGAUCAGAAAAUGGUUGAAUUGCUCAAUAAUCUCGAAAUCAAAAUUCGUCUUCAAGAAAAUUUCAUGAUGAACAAAAUGGAGAAGAUGUUGGACGACCUCCGCGAGGAUAUCGCAAACGCGAUUCGCUCGAGUUUGUCGAAUAUGCAGGAUUCAUUCGAGCCGGCAAUCCAGAAUUCGCUUGCGGAAACAUCAGAGUAUUUGUCGCAACGAAUCGGCGGCACUGUUCGUCUCGGUCUUAGCGAGUGCGUUGUUCCCGCGUUCGAACGCACGUGCGAACAACUGUUUGGACAAGUCAAUGAAACGUUCCGCGCAGGAAUCAACGAGUAUAUCACAACGACGGUGAAGAAAAUUCAGGAAUCUGUUCAAUUAGCAUUAAUUCAACCGAAUAACGCCGCGCAAGCGACAAUGGAUCGCAAUGCCAUCAAUCAUCUGCUGAUAAAUUCACCUUUGGCAGCAUUUGAAGCGGCUCUGAACCAAGGAGACAAUUUGCUUCUCGAGUAUGUGUGCUCGAAAGUCAAUCCGGAAUCGUUGUUCACUCCGGUGACAAUUUUGACUCAACCGGUGCUCAUCUCACUUCUUCAACAACUCACAUUAAAUUUGAAUCGCGAACGGGAUCUUAAAUACAGAUACAUUGAACUUAUUCUACCGGCCAUUAGCACAAAUGAGCCAGAUGUGGCUCGCGUUCUUCCCAACGUCAUCCAGCUUCUACUCAAUACUCUCCAAGAGAUUAUCGACACGACCGAGGAUCAACAAGUGCGGCGACACACUCGAAUGUUGUACCAGAUCGCGCGAACCACAUUCUAUCAAUCGCCGCAUCCCUCACGCCAACGUGAGCGUUAUUGA